AUGAGGAAUAAAAGAGGUGCCAAAGGAUUACCCUGCUGUGGCAAAGAUUCGGUGGACAUUAUGGAUUCACAGGGUGCCAUAAACCGAAACCAGUUCCAGCCAAUACAAGAGGAAGAUGACAUGGAGCUGGAGGACGAAUUGCUAGGGCCAGAGGUUCCCGAAGAAGAGGUCCCUCGAGUGGAGCCAGAACAGAAGCCCAAGCCCUUCCCACAGGCAGAGCCCAAGGCCAAACAGGAAGACCCCAAGCCCCAGGAGUACAGGGAAGAGUCCCCCCAACCCUACGGAGACGGGCUAGCAAAGCCAGGCAUCAGACAGCUGAGCAUGAGGUCCAACUCCAGCUACGUGAGUUCCGUGGACGAGGACUACCACUCCAUCCACGUGCAGACCUCCAGGCACCUCUUCUGGGUAGACAGGCUCAUCCAGGUGUCAGAACACAGCCUGCAACCAGUGAUCAGCACGCAGCCCAUCCAGAAGAGCACAGAAGAGCCCACCAGAGGCCCAGCCCAACAGACGGUCCCCAAGGACCCUGGGAGCUCCAAGAAGCAGAGCCAGGACCCCAGCGCCCAGCAAGGCCCUCGAGACAAAGCCUCCCAGAAGACUCCAAGCCCCGAGCCGUCCUUCUGCGUGCCCUCCAUGGGCCUGGAAGAGCUAAUCAAUUUUGCAUCAACCCUGGCCAUGGCCUCCUCCAGCAGGAUGGACUUGCCCAGCUUGCAGCACAUGAUCAAGACCACACCCCAGAAGACCAUGCCACCUCCCACAGAGCCCGCCAUGGAUCACGCUGCCCAGCCCACCACGGACGAGCCAGAGCAGGAAAAUCUCACAACGGAUGAGAAGCCACCAGAGGAACCAAGAGAAGCCAGGGAACCGCAGGAUGCCCCAAAGCAAGAAGAUAAGGACAUCCCUCACCCUUACCUUGACCUCGGCAAGCCAGGGCUCAAGAGGGCCACCAUUGAAGGGGAGCUGAAGUUUCUCCAGUCCCCGCCCAUGUCCCCUCAGCCAGAAGGAGCUGCGAAAGAGCCUGCACAGAAGCCUCAAAGACUGCUCACACAAGACCCAGGAGAGGAGCAGACUGGCAGAACCCAGAAGGGAAGGUUGCAGCAACGUGCCACCCUCCUGACCCAGAAGGAGCCAGCUGCUGCCUUGGCCACAGGGGCUAAGCAGGCUUCCCAGAGGACCAGACAGCUCAAGGGCCUUGAGGCCAUCCACACAGUACAGUCAGGCCCUCAGACCAGGCCUCAGAGCUUUGUAGACAAGAACCUGCUUCCCCUGACAGCACGGCAGCUGGCAGCAUUCCAGGAUGUCUUCAAACUGUUCAGCUCCAGCCCAACAGGCUCCGUGGACAUGCGCAGUAUGAAAACUGCCCUGUGCAAUAUGGGUGUCCAGCUGAGCCCUCAGGAGAUGAGUGAGGCUCUGCGGCAGGCGGACUUGGAUGGUGAUGGAACGGUAAGCUUCAAAGACUUCCUGGGUGUCCUCACUGACAGCCACUGCCUGGCUCAGUGCUUGGGCAAGGUGAGGAACAGCUGGGCCUGUGACCCUCAGGGCUUGCAAACCCUCUUCUUGGAGAUGCUGUUCAAGCUGAUGAGUCUGGGCUAUGUGCCCUUCAAGUCGGCACGGGAGGUGAUGAGCUACUACUCCAAAAAGCAGCGGUCUCUGCGGCUGAACGCAAGCCGGAAAGGUCGGUCCCGCAGCCACGGCCGCAGCGGGCGCUCUCACGCGGGCCUCGCGUUCUUCUGCCAGGCCGCGCGCCUCAUCGGCCUCUCCAAUGCCGAGCUGGCGCGUUCGCUGCACGGACUGCACAAAGCGGGAGCGUGCAGUCCCUACUCCCAGAUACCUAGCCUGAACGGGCGGUCGCAGCCGGAAUCCCUCACGCAGAGGCGAACUCCGCGCCCCGACGUCCGACGUCCCAAGUCGUCCCAGCCCAGUCGCCCCAAGCGCAGGCCCAAGAGCGGGCGACCCAGCCAAGGGUUCGCGGACCAGUUACUAGGGUGCAUGUGCCCUUCGAAACUGGCUCCGUGCCCCCAAACUCUGAUGCAGAAGCAGCCCUUCUCCCCCUCUCCGGCCUAUUUGCAGAGACCUGCUACGAAGAAAUUGUACAAGUAA